AUUACCAAGGCUUCCGCUUCUUUCGAUCUGCAAUGAGCCUGUCGCAGACAAUGCAAGGUAAAUCUCAUCAAACACCAUUACUGGUCAGAAAUAUAAGGUUGGCUGGGUAUAAUGCCAGGAUGCUUGAUGGUAUUCGGUUGCUUGGCCGCGCCUGUCAUACUAUCAUCGCGACUAUUCGUAUCAGCAUGCGGCAACUGGAAAUGGAGCGCUCAUAGAACAAAGAGGUACUCACUUAAAAAGAUAUAUCCAGCUAUCAUUACAUUUCUACUACUAGUCGUGGUGUGGUAAUGAAGCGUUCAGAAAGAAGUCCAGGUCGUGAAAUGAUGUGCUACGUUGAAGCCAGAGCGGGCAUGUCGGGUACCUGCCUUUCCGAACGCCGAUGCUGGAGGGCUGCACCUUCCGCUUCCUCUAGCGAUAACAGCAACAUCCAUCCAUUUCACCACCACUACUUUUCCAUCCAUCCCAACUGGCAUCAUGUCCUCGGCUACGGAUCGCUCCACCCAACCACCCUUUGGGAGUAUACGUCGAAGGACGAAAAAAGCGUGCGAAACCUGCAAGCUGCGUAAGCGCAAAUGCAACGGCCAUGAGCCAUGCUCAUUCUGCCUCAAAUACGAAUAUGACUGCUCGUACGAGACACAGCCACGGAAGAAGCCGUCAAAUUCAAGCAUUGCAAGACCCCCGAACAAAUCACGCGAAAGGCCUUCCUCUCCGGCACUCGUGGCAAGGCCUGAUGUCAAUCAACAGCAGAUGGAGGCGAACUCAGGCACAGCGUUCCCUCACUUCCUGGGCAAGAGCUUGAACCCGCAGAACCCUCCAAAAGUGCACGGCUUCAGCUGGAACCUAGGUCUUCGAUAUGAGCCAAUACAACAAUUUGCUAAUAUCACGAGCCUAGUCUCGAAAGAUGAAAUGAGUGUUCUAGUUGGCCACUAUCUCGAACGGAUACACCCCGUGUAUGCUGUUCUCAAUCUUGAGAUAUUAGAGAAGAAGGUCGCCCUGCGCUGGGAUGAUUCGAUCACCUUUGACAGCUAUGAUCCGGUUCUUUACGGUGUUGCAGCCUUGGGCUCACUCUACUCAGGCGAUAAAGGACACAGAAACGAAGAAGCGCUGGUCCACUGUGCAAAGGAAAUCCUGGAAGCACCUUGCACUAUGAACAAACCACUUAUACACCAUGCUACUGCAUGGGUCUUACGGACCCUCUACCUCCGAAGCACCAGCGGUCCUCAUACCUCAUGGAUGGCCAGCUGCUCUGCAAUGCACAUCAUCGAAGCAGCAGGGGCGCAUCAGGAUCCAGGAAUGGUCUCCCUGGUAUAUUCCGAUACGGCAGACGUUGGUAUCGAUAAAGAGAGUCAGCGAAGGCUAUUCUGGGUUGCGACAGUUUUAAAUACGUGGAUCUCCUAUGAAUAUGGCAGAUCUCGCGUCAUCUUACGAGGCAUUUCGUGCAAGCCACCUGUGCCGCGAGCGGGAGAUUUGACCGCGGAACUGGUCUCUUUAUUUCAGAUUUCCGAACAGCUGGAUCCCGAUCAGAAAAAUAGAAUUUCAGACCUUGAAGACGUUUUAUAUCACGUCGGAUGUCUAACCCUUGUCCACGAUGCCUUAGUCUUGUCCCAAGCUAAUCUAGCAUUUACGAUAUACCGCCGUCUCCGGGUGGCUGCUUCCAGCAUUUCUAACGAUGUCAUAAACUGCAUCAUCCGGCUAGGUAGUGAAGGGACUGCUGCUGCAGUUCGUAUGUCUGAGAAGCGUUCUCCCUGGUGGCAUGUUGCCAACGUUCCUUUCCAGUUUCUCUGCAUUUUGCUCGCAAUCGAUUCUAAAGAGUCAUUGUCACACGUGAGCCACGCCAUGCGCUCAUUCAAGACCGUCGGGGUUCACUUUAGUACGCCUACAGUUCAUGUCGCCAUAGAGACCGUUGAUUCCUUGAUCAAGUUAUCACAGAGGAAGAAAGAGCGGGAAAUCACUCUCCUGAAGGAUAGCACCCAGGAUCAGGAUUUAGGACUAUUUGAACGAAACAUGUCAUCCACGGAAGAGUACCGUUCACCAUGGCAAGGGGGCUUUAUUGAUGAAAAUAUUGCAGAAAAUAUUGACUGGGAUUGGAAUGCUUUUUUCGAUGCCGAAAUAUCACUUUUUGACGACAGGGGACAUGGUGGGCAGAUCCGGUAUUGA